CUCGAAGAUGAGAAAGCCAGCGAUCAGCGUCUGUUCGAAGGCAAACACUCAGCGGCUGACGAAGUGCGUGACGAAACCGCGGGCGCCGCGCUCCAUGAAGAACAAGGUGCGGGCGCUGAUUCAGAGGCCUCGCUGGCUUCUACGGUGAUGUCUGGAGAGGAAUCUGGCUACCAUUCAUCGAGCGACGAAGAGCAAGAAGAUGACGACGAAGAGCGGACAAAACUAGCGAGGAGAACUAUGGCGGAAAUCAUCAAUGAGCG